AUGGAGAAGGAGGCUCAGAAGGCCAUACUCACUGGGAUAUCAACCUGCAGCCGUCUCCUUAACCUGCCAACUACAACGAGAGCUACAGCCACCUGCCUCUUUUUCAGAUGUCUUGAUUACAUAAAUAACGAGAAAUUGGAUGACGUGCCGAAGAGUACUCUGAAAGAAGAGGCAUUAAUCAUGGCAAUUCUGAACUUGUCUUGUAAACAAACGGAAGCAAAUCGCAAGCUGCGUGAUAUCGUGAAUUGCACGUAUUGGACUCGAAAUCGACGAAACGAAGAUCAAGGACACCUCAAAAUAGGACAAGAUUAUUGGCAGUGGAGAGAUGCAUUAUUAAAGACCGAGCUUGUCGUUCUUCGGAUGCUACAAUUUGAUCUACACGUCGAACUGCCCUUCGAAUGGAUACCUGCACUACUCGAUGAGAUAUUUGACGAGGAUAAACGGGAAUGGCCUGGCGGCGUGACGGGACGGUCUGGUAGUUUGCUUGCACAAAUCGUUUGGGAUUAUGCUUGUUUGUGUGUGUCUCAUGAAAGAGUUGUCAUGAGACAUAAGCCUUUGGAUUUAGCGUUUACUUGUGUGCAUAUUGCACUUAAAGCUUUGGAUUCGAAAUGUCCCUGGAACCUCGACGAGUGGUGUCGUCCGUAUAGGAAACAUGGAUGCUCGGCAGAUCAGAUUACUGACGCCAUCAAGGACUUGAGGGAAAAUAGAGGCACGAAUCUAAGGUCCAUGGCAGACUCUGGCUCAUAUGAGCCUAGAGAGUCGACUGGAUUUCCUAGAGCCGUCCAUAUUGGUAAUUCCAUAGAACUCGUAAUGCCUGACGAUGUCUCAGAUACGUCUCCCACAGGAAGCAACUCAGACAUUUCUGCUCGUCGAAUAUCAUCGUCAACCACAUAUUCAAUUCAUUCACAACCACCAAACCUACCAUUACCAUUCCCGCCACGAGGAUCUUCAUCGGGCAGACCUAGCCAUACAGAAGAUAUGUUUACUGCAGAUGAGACUAGUGAAGCUACAUCGUUAGCUGGACCGAUGUCGGACGCUCUGCAGGAUACAGUAGAUUCAGCCACUGUAGGAAUGGAAACAGAUCAUGAUUAUCAGGAUCAUUCUUCUUCGUCUCAUACCGGUGGUCUACCCUCUGAGUCGCUGUCGACAAUCACAACACAAGUAAACCCACACAUACACAAGUUACGUGGUUCUGAACUGAAAGCUGGAACCUCGUUGCGAGCUAUUAAAGCAUUCAAAGCUACAGACGAGAGUGAAUUACCGCUUGAGAUUGACGAUAUAGUGGAACUAGUUACAGCACCGGGAUCGGACGACGAGUACUGGUGGAGUGGAAUUAGUCGAUCUUGGGGACCUAAUAAUGGACGUACGGGUUACUUUCCUCAUGAUUGUGUCGUUCUCGAUACACCUGACUCGGCAUAUGCGAUAUCUCCGACAAAGCCCUCCUUGCCUUCACCUAUAUUAGCACCUCAAACACUAAUUCAGGAAGCCCCUCUGGUUGCAGAACCGAGUGAUGACUACCCGACUCCCCCUCCUCCUGUGCCUGUUGGAACAAAAGUAGUCGCAGAAGAAGAAUACUUACCUGAAAAGGCAGAUGAAUUAGCUCUAUUCAAAGGCGAUGUUAUAGUAAUCUUGGAAUCACCAGAUGGUGGUUGGUGGCGUGGAAUGAAGGGACUUGGCGGCAAAGAAGCCAAGUCAGGAUGGUUUCCAGCUACAGUCGUCAAAGUAAUGGAAGAAACGGAAUCUUCACCAAGUGCUAGUAGCUUACACACAAACACAAGCAAUAGCAACAAUAGUAAAAAGACAUCCAAGUCUUCCCUGCUUACCACUAAGUCCGAAUCGAUAAUCACCAAUGGGAAAUCAGGUUCAAUAGGUGCCUCAAACAUGUCCUUGUCUAUACCAACACCACCCAACUCGUCAACAGACAAGACCAAGACAUGGUACAAACGACUAGUUAAAAAGGGCGACAAGCCAACGAAACGUGGAAGAUCAGCAUCCGCUUCACAGGGUGUUGAAAUGGAGACUGCAGAUGACGAAGACUAUGGUGAAGAACCAGAGCAACAACCACUAUCAGCUCCAGUAUCAGCCGAAAACACGUCAAUAUUCGACCUCGUAGCUGAUUUAAGAUCACAGACAACCAAUGGAACUGGAACUUUGGGAAUAGUUGGUGCGAGUGCAAACGGAGGACAUCCACAUCGACGAGCAAAUUCAGCACCCCCUACACCAGUCGCCGCUCUAGCUUCAUUAACACCUACGCCACGCACAUCGAUAUUCAGACCUAGUGCGGCAGCCCGAGACGCAAAAGCUGAUGCCCGAUUGUCGCAAAUCAUCGUCGCUGCUCACGUGGGUGACGGUGUGCAACGACUACCCGGUGAAAAGGAAGUCUGGUCUGAUGGUAUACCCAAACAAGUCCUUGACCAGCUUGAUGGAAAUGAAGUUAAACGACAGCUGGCUAUAUUCGAGUUGAUUGCUACUGAACGUGACUAUGUGAGAGAUUUGGGGAUUUUAAUUGACGUGUUUAUGAAGCAGUUGGCGGAUCGGAAAUUGCUUAGUGUUAAGAAUGUGGAAUCUGUGUUCUCGAAUCUGGAACAGUUGUUGCCUGUAAAUCAGGAUUUAUUGAAACGUCUUGAAGAACGACGUCUUGCUAAUCCUCUUAUUGAUAAACUGGGUGACAUCUUUGUCUCUAUGGGCGAACAUUUCUUGGUAUACACAAUGUAUUGUGGAAAUCAAGGGAACGCUUUAUCAAAGAUGCAAGCUAUGGUACACUCUAAUAAAGCUGUGCGAGCUUUUCUUGAGGAAAUCUACAGAUUACCUAUUCUGAGGAGUCUUGAUCUUGGUGGAUUCCUAAUUAAACCCGUACAAAGGCUGUGUAAAUAUCCAUUGCUUCUGAAGGAAAUUCUCAAAUACACGCCUGAAACAAGAGCAGAUCAUGCCGCCUUGAAGUUAGCAUUGGAAAAAAUGCAAGGAGUUGUCUCGCUUGUGAAUGAAGGAGCAAAAGAUUCAACACCAGAAGGCAGUAAACGAAUCCUAGAAAUUCAAGCUGGAUUCAGUGAAAAAAUGAAUAUCGUUACUCCUACACGAUGUCUUGUACGAGAAGACUCGGUCUACUUGGUUUUUGGUGACAUCAAGAAACCUCGAAGACUGUUUCUCUUUAAUGAUAUUCUCAUCUUGGCCCGAAAGGACUGGAGAGAUAAAUAUCAUCUUAUUGAAAAGGCUUCUAUUCGAGUGUGUCAUGUAUGGGAUGUCAAGGGUGAAACACCCAACGGUCUCCAUCUCUUUGAAAUGCUCAUCGGACCUGAAGAGUCUGAUGGCAGCAGAUAUCUGUUUGGUGUAGCUCCUGAUAUAAAGAAGCAAUGGCUAGAAACCUACUCGAAACUCACCCAGCUCAAAAUCCAAACCAAAGCUCUGGCUGAUGUCAACACUGAUGUCAAGGCCGGAGCUCAUAAUGCAGCUGAUGAUGAUGAAGACGAUGAUGAAGAAGCCGCAGGAGACAUUGCUCGAAAAGCUGCCGAAGCCUCUGCAGCAGAAGCCAAAGUCCGAGCUGAACUAGAAGUUGCCAAGUCCAUAAUAGAGGAAUCCAAGAAACGAUCAGAUGAGAUAGCUCGCCGUGCUGACGCUGAAGUUACAGCAGCCCUCAAACUACGUAGUGAGUUGGCUGAACAGAUUUCUAGAAACCAGGAACGUCAAAAGGCUUUUGAGGAUGUUCAAGCUCGUUUACUGGAAGCCGAUACCCGUGCUCAAAAGGCUAUGCUGGCUGCUGGAGAAUCUGAUCUUCGUGUUGAUAUGCUUGAACGACGAUACAAGGAAUCUGAGCUUCGUGAAAAGAUGCAGGAGCAAGUCUUAGCUUCUGCAAAAAAGCAAGUCGGUGAUUUAGAGACCAGGCUCAAGGAAGUUGCUAAUGCUAAAGAUGCUACUGGUGGCAAAGUCAUUGAACUGACUGAAGAAUGUCGUCGAUGGCAAAAGCAAGCCGAGAAACUGGACCUCGAAUUGGAACGAAUCAAUGUUAGCUCUCAAAUGGUUAUCAAGCAAAAAGAUGGCGAAAUUGAACGCUGCAAGAAGGAAGCCGAUACAGAUCGAGAACGAGCUCGCAGAGAACUUGAUGAAGUCAAAGAACGUUCUCGCCGUGAAAUGGAUGAACUUCGUGAAUAUCAUCGUCGUGAGCUUGAAGAUUCAUUCAAACGACACUCGUCAGCUAAAGUCGCCGAAGCUGCCGAAAUGCACUCCCAGCUUAAAUCAAGACUAGAGAUUGAGCUUGAACGAACACGAUCUGAAAAAGCCGCCGCUAUCGACAGUUUGCAAAUGACCAUGGAAAGUAGAGUGGGAGAACGUGAUCGUCUCAUUGCUGAAAAGGAUGGUGCCCUGAGAGAAGCUGCUAAAGACAAGGAAGCUCUUCAGACCAAACUCACCGCCGAAGUCAAUUCCGUAAAGUGGUCUGCCUCACAAACUGUAAAUGGACUCAAGAAAUCUCUGUUUGAGGCUCAACAAUCCGUGCAAACUCGUGAUAAUACCAUACGAGAACGAGAUGCCUUGAUUGCUCGUCUAGAAAGUCAAGUAACGAAACUGGAACUUGAAAAGGAUCACCAAACGGCGGAAGUUGCUCGUAAUUCUGCUACCCUUGAAUCAGCACGUAGUGAAUACCGUGCCAUUGUAGCAGAUGUUCAACGAGUGCUUCAAGAAAGAACCGAAUCGUUAGCUCGUAAAGAAGCUGAUGCUCAGGAACUCACUCGUCGUCUUACCGCUGAACAUGAGAAAUGUCAACGUCUCGAAAAGGAUGUAGAGCAGGCUCGUAUUGACUUAGAGAACACUCGUAGACAACAAGAAGAGAUCGUUACUAGAAUCAAAGCCGAAUCUAUGCAACAACGUGUUGCUUUAGAGAAAUCUACCGAGCAGCUUCAAGUGGCAGAACGAGCUCAUCGUGAAGCAGUCAUGAAUUUAGAAGCCGUACGCAACCAAAGUAAGGAUUCUACCGAAAUUAUUACCAAGCUAUCUAUGGAGGUAUCCAGAUUCAAGGAUGCUGAAAAGCAGCAAGACGAUGCUCUAAGGCGAGCUGUUGCCGACUUGCAAGUAGCGAACACCAGUAUAUCAUCCCUGCAAGAACGUCUUGCGCAAACCAAGAAUGAGAUGGCUCAACUACAAGCUAAUGCCAACUCCAGUCGAGACAUCCUGGAACGACGAGAUGAAGAAAUCAAACGUAAUCUGGUUCGAAUCCAAGUCUUUGAAACUCGUCUAGGUGAAGUCGAUCGUAUACGUGCAAGUCUUGAACGUGAGAAUAACGAUCUGAAGGAUCAAAUGCUUCGUGAUACUUCUGAUCUAAAGGAGCGAAUGGGCCGUGAACAGGAUGGACUUCGCGGACGACUUGAACGUGAGAUUCUCGAGCUACGAGAUAGAUUACAGCUAGAAAGUAACGAGGCUCGAGACCGCUUACAACGAGAGAACGCUGAAUUGCGGGAGCAGAUGGCUCGAGAACGCACUAUGGCUGUAGAACGUAAAGAUUCUGAUCAAUCCGAGCUUCGCCAAAAGCUGGCACUAGUUGAACGUCUCGAAAAGGAAACGACUGAAGUCAGACAACGAGUCAUUCAAGAGAACCAAGGUCUCAACAAUAAGAUAACCUCGUUGGAAGGCCAAAUCAAGGACAAGCAAUCCACCAUAAACCAGCUGAAACGUCGUCUCAACACUUUUGAGACCAUCAAGGAGGAUCUCGAAGAACGCGUCAGAGACUUGACUGGCCAAGUCGACCGACUGGAAUCGCAAACCCAUACUUUACGCGAGACAUCUACAGAAGCCAAGGAUCGAGGAUUAGAACUCUCAGCGAAACUUGAUGCAGCGGAACGUGAUUUACAAGCCAUGUCGAAACGAAUGGACUUGUUCCAUGAUCUUGAUAAGAGAUAUCUUACCGUAUGUGACGAGUUUUCUGGUGCUACCCGUGCUGUCAAGGAAUACGAGUCUGAAAUGGCCAAAUUGAGAGAACGUGAAGGUCUCAAGACCCGUGAAGCAGCUGCCAUGGCUGCACUUCUGACGGAAAUCAGCCAAGUUCUUGAAGUAGAUACUUGGGUUGCUCAACCCACGUUCAGUCGUCCGUCGUCUCCAACGCAUCAAGCUCUUCAGCUUACCAGUCACGAAGUGGAUGAAAAGUGGCUCAUGAAGAUUAUGAGCAGGAUACAUGACAUGAGAUUGUAUCAAGAUCAGCAAGAGAGUGAUAUUGCAUUGUACAAGUCUAAAGAUGAAGAACUUCAAUCACUCAAUAAGAUUAUCAAGCAGGAGCUCAAGGUCGCUAACUUGGCACUCAAGAAUAUGGACGAUCGACUAGCGUCUAAGACCCAUGAAUGCAAGUCUCUAGCAGCUCAAGUCGAGUCUUUGAAAAGCCAGCUCGAUGAGGCUGAUAAACGCAAACACUCUGAAAUCGAGCAACUGGAAUCCGAUAUGUUAGCACUCAGGCUUGGAGCAGACAAGGAUAAAUCGAUACUUGCUGAAAAAGUUGAAGCACAAAAGCGACUUUUGAAUGAAACAUUUACUACCAAGCUCAAUGCUCUGCAACAAUCACUUCAGCAAACCGAACAAGCCAAGGAAUCUGCAGAACAGGAACGUGGACAAUUGGAAAAGAACUUUAUCGAGCUAUUUGAACGUCUUCAGACUGUAACCGGUCAUCAUACGACAGAGCACACUCGUCUCGUUGCUCGACUGUCACUACUUCAGCGUGAAACGGAAAUCCUGCUAAAAUCGAAAGCCGAACUGGAACAACGACUUUCACUAAACACCACUGAGCUAACUGAAUCCAAGAUCCAACAAGCCCAUUACCGUGAUCUAACCCACAUGCUUACUGAAGCCAAACACAAAGCAGAAUCAAACAUUGAUUCUCUGAAUGCCACUGCUCGUGGUCUCGCUGAUGAAAUCGAACGUCUUCGUAACCAGACUGAAGCAUCCGUCAAAUCCAAACAGUCUGAAGAGAAGUCUCAAUCCAAGGCCAUGCAAGAGGAGCUCAAGUCUCAAUUCAAGGCUAUGCAAGAAGACCUCAAGUCUCAAACAAAGGCUUUACAAGACGAGCUGCACAAAAGAAACGUAAUGAUCCAAAACCUUCGUGUCCAUGCCUCAAAGGAGAUUGCCACCUUGACCCUGAAGCUGGAGCAAAUGAGCACACAGUUGCAAACGGAGCAGUCCGGACGUAUGAUCGUAGAAUCUGAUCGAGAAUUAACCGCUCAAGAGCUGACGGAUAUCAAGUCUCGAAUCAAAGUUAUACGUGGACAAACAUCGUCUCUAGCAUCAGGAUCUCCAUUUGCCUUGAGGACUAGUGAGACCACGUGGGAAUCAUUUAUGAAUCGUGCUCAACGGGCACUUAUAGCAGCUAGUAGAAGUACGACUCAGAUAAUAGCUACUCAUGAUGAAUACGUUAAGCAGAUAUCAACUCCAUUGCCACCGUCGGCACCACCAAAGUCUCCUCGAUUGGGAGGUGGAGCUGCCUUGAAGUACCUGGAACAAACAGCCCGCCUAGAAAACCGCAAAGAGAAACUCACUUCCAUGUUGUCUUCAGCUCUAAAUGGCCUUCGAUCGGAUGUCGACACAGCAAUGGCGUGUAUUGAAGAUAUGGGAAAUAUCUUCAAAAAAGGUCUCGAAGGACUGGAUCACUUGCCAUCAAAACAGUCACCAUCUGUAAAAUCAUCACCAGCUAUGCAAUCAGCCUUACGACUCACAGGAACCUCCGACUAUGAGCUACCUGAUACGAUAAACCUGUAA